AGCGCAUGUCUGUUCUAACCGGGUAGGAACAAACACUUCAGAGUAAAGUUGUUCCGCGGAGCUUCGUAUCCUGUUUUUGAAUUUAUAAGUCAUUAGAACUGAGCUGGAGGAGGACAGGUUGGACCAAAAAGCAAUCCACCCAGAGGAUGUCAGCAGAGAAGAUGGAGACCAGUGUAUCCAAUGGAUCAGGGCCAGGAUAUGAGAAGGAAGAUAGUGACCUCAGUCCAGAGGAUCUGUCUGAGAUGCUGGCUGCAGGAACCAAGGAGGUUCAUGAAAAAGCAGAGAACACACAGUUUGUAAAAGAUUUCCUCAGGGGACGAAUCCGCAGAGAGCUUUUCAAGCUUGGUGCUGUAGCACUUUACCACACAUACACGGCCAUGGAGGAGGAGAUCGAGAGGAAUAAGGACCACCCCCACUUUGCCCCUCUAUAUUUCCCUGCGGAGCUUCACCGUCAUGAAGCCUUAGCCCGCGACCUCGAAUAUUUCUAUGGUCCAGACUGGAAGAGUCAGAUCACCUGCUCCCAGGCCACGCAGCACUACGUGGACCGCAUCCACCAGGUAGGCCAGGAGGACCCUGUGCUGUUGGUUGCCCACGCCUACACCCGCUACAUGGGUGACCUGUCAGGAGGUCAAGUGCUGAGAAAGGUGGCGCAGAGAGCUUUGAAGCUGCCGCCCACUGGGGAGGGCCUGGAGUUCUACCAGUUUGACGCGAUCCACAGCGCUAAAGCGUUCAAGCAGCUGUACCGAAGUCGCAUGAACGAGCUGGACCUGGACCUGGAGACAAAGAAGAAACUGGUGGAGGAAGCUGUGAAAGCUUUUCAUUUUAAUAUGGAGGUGUUCGAGGAGUUGGAAGAAAUUGGGAAAACAAUUCAAGAGGAUGUUUUAGAUGCCGGCAUGUCUGUUCAUGGAGAAACUGGUGGAGACAUUAGCAAAUGUCCCUACUAUGCUGCCAAAAUGGCGGCAUCGGGGGGAACGGCGUACUUCGGUCAGCUGUUCAUGGCUGCUCUAAGGCACCCGACAGGACAGGUCCUGUUUGCCACAUGGUUCGCCGCCUUGGCUGGACUGGCUGCAUGGUAUCUGAUGUGAUCCAGCUGUUACAGCUGCUGUUAGAACUGAGGGGUGUUGAAAGGAAGGAGUGUCAGAAGACUGGAAAACCUCCACUAACCGAUCAAUAUACAAACAUUCAAAUCAGGUCUGUGCAGCUCUAUAUUUUUAAGCUUCAGCUUUUAGUUGCAGAACUUCAGCCGUCUAUUCUUUAGGAACAUUAUGAUAUGGACUUCCUCCACAAUGCACACAUUUUUCCUUUUUAAAUCUAAAUACUUUUUGUUUUUUAUUAUUUCUCUACCUCCAACAGGCUAUCCUUCCAUUUGGUGCUGAAGUUCCAGUUAUGUUAAAGCUUUUCUUACACAGAAACAGACCUUCUGUUAUAACGUAUACCUUAAAGUAUGAUAGCAAAAUGCAAUAUUGUAACAAGAAAACGGUUAAUCCUUCCAGUUGACAGUAAAAAGCUCGCUGUAGGAUGUGAGCUUUAAAUCCAUCAGAACAAUGUGAAACACUGAAAUACGCAAAAGUAU